AUAACAUCAAAAGCCCAAGCCUUUUCGAAACCCUUUUCUCUAGCUCUCACUCUCAGCUUGUUUCCUCUUUUGUUCAUUAGACACCGAAAAUGGCUUCGUCUGCGCCACAGGGAUCUGUUGAUCCUCUCACCGGGAAAGAUCCGGCGAAGGCUUUAACCGCUGUUGCUUCUGGAUUCUUCGAGAAUGUGAAGAAAAACAAGCAAAGCUUCUUCCAGUUCGCCGCCAUGACUGGGAUUUUGCUUCUGAGUUUCCGAUCGGUAAGUCAGAAGUACCGAAUUCACGAUCUGGAGGAAGACACUGCUGUUCUCAAGAAGGAACAAGAUAGUUUGACGGAUCGUAUGAGUAAAAUCAAAAGCGAUCUUCUUCAUCAAGCAUCGAUUGACUCUUCCGGCGUCUUUGCUUCUCGUCUCCGUCUACUUUUCGGUGAAGAUAAAAAGUGAUCGGAGAUUUGAUUGGUUUGAGUCAACGAGGUUACCAUUUUCUUACUCGUGCGAUGUUAUUGUAGUUCUAAAACACAUGUCUCUCUGUCUUAAGAUUGGAAGGUUUUGGCGAAUGAAUAAGUAGGGCUUUUAAGGUGAUAUGAUUUCAGACAAUGGUGUAUCGUUUUGACUUAUUUGAGAAUCUGCUUAGUGAGAUCAUUAACUUUGUUGUGGCUGAAUCGGUUUGAUUUAGUUUUGAGCAAGCAGUUACAUGUUUCUUCUGAGGCAUUUCAUCGAACACUUUAAUUGCGUUUUUAAAACUUUGCACACACAUCUCUCAAAAGAGUUUUGUUUGAAGUUUGGGUUAUGUAGUGCCAACAGCAAUAAGGAGACUUUCAAUGCAUGAACAAGAAACUAGAUUGGAAGGUAACAUGUGACUGCUUGUCAAUUCACCUCUUGAACCAAAGAAUUCAAUUAGUA